UAUAUCUUCCAGGCCUAUUUAUUAACCACACAACAAACGCAAUUUUAUCCAAAUAUGCAAAUUAUCCAAUUAUUAUAAGUAUGUCCAAAUAUGAUCUACAAAGAUACAAUUUAACAUAGCUAGAAAGCUAAUGGUUAGUCUGAAACAAUUGAGGGUAAUUUGGACACUUGAUAUUUUAUAUAUUAAAAUAAUAAGUCAAAACACCAAUUAAAUGUUGCAAGAAAACAUUGAUUGGUCCCUCAAUCAUCAUUCAGAUGAGCCUCAGCUAAAGGGGUCAUCACAUCCAGAUCUGAUCACCGUCACGAAAGGAGACCGUCUACAACUGAACUGCUCUGCUGUGGGAAACCCCAGCCCCUCCUACAACUGGACGCUCCCAUCAGCCAGUGGUUCCCCCUUCAGUGACGACAUUCUCACCAUCAAGUCUGUAACUUUGGAGCACAAGGGGCAAUACAACUGUUCUGUCCACAACAACAUCGGGACUGUCACUGUGAAGUUUAACGUGGAUGUCAAAGAGAGCUACAUGUACAUUAUUUUAGUGGUACUAUUAGUCCUUGUUCUGGCAGCAAUUGUCUUCAUCAGUGUAUACGUCCAUCUGUACAAACACAACCGAAAGAGACGGUACAACCUGAAGGACGUUUUCCAUCUUCGCUCUCAACUCAUUGCUGUGCCCACUGAAGAGUUAAUUUGUGGGUGAAGCAUCACAUGUGUGUGGACAACCUGAAACUGUUGAUAUGUCAUAAGCUGCAGUUAGCUGUAAAGCACUGAUGUAUUUAUCCUAACCCAAACUGUAGAAAUCAGCAGAAGUCUCUAUAUCUGAGGUUUAACACAUACAUGCUGCACAUACGGUUAAACUCAGGUUUAAGCUGAAAGAUUGAAAUGUUGCUCUGUUUAAGGAGAGAUAUCUAUUGCUAUCUAUCUAUAUUUUUCUUGUUGUUAACAAAUCAUGAAAACACUAAAACGAGCAAUUUGUUAGUUAGUCUGUCUCUCAGGACUUUCUGACCUCCUCACCUUGUCUGUGGCUCUCAGUCCAUUCAUUUCUACUGAAGACUUAAAACUUUAAAAAUGAGUCACAAAUAUAGUUUCAUUUUUAAAAGGGGCUCAGCAAUUUCCUACAGCAGCUGGGCACUGUAGUUUUCAGUAAAAGUUACUCAAACAAAACUAAAUCAUGCAUUUAUUGGGGACUAUUUUUAACCGCAGAUUAAUGCAUAUUUGGUGCACUAGUGUAUGUGCAGCAGCAGGACAGUGUGUGUGUGUGUGUGUGGGAUUGAUUCAAAAUAAACUACAGUGCCUGAACAUUCAUUACAGCUGGUGUGAUAGUGUGUCUCAUUAUGUUUUUAAUAGUUCACUGUCAGUGAACAUACUGUUUAACUAUUUAUUUCUAUUUCAUUUUGUUUGUGUUGCUGAAAAGAUUUCUAAUUUUCUUUAGAAAGGUUGUGUAAAACAGAGAACAACAUUGUGGGAAAAUUCACACACUGAACUUUAUAGCUGCGUGUUAAACCACGGGAAGUACCGCUCUAACCCACAGCUUCUGACAGAGCAAAAGUAGCCCUAUUUUCAUAUAUUCGUGGUGCUGCUGUAGCUGAGUGAGAGUGAAAAAGAGACAUGCAUAAAAGCAAAAACGAAAGUAAUGAACUUCAUACUGAAAGGCCAAAAAGGAAAUGUUAACUUUGUUUGAUGUGAAUAAAAUGACAAAACUCACAAAUAAAUGGUGGCACUUUGUACAUAACACUGACAUGCAUCCUUGUCUUUCUCUUUUAUAUUUGAUUGUAUUGUAAAGUUGUUGACAUGAUGAAUAAUAAACCAGUAAAUAAAUUAAAACAGUGUUAAAACAGUAAAAUGUUUAAAGAAAAUACUACAUUGUCUUCUUUAUCACUUUCUAAAUGUUAACUUAAAAUAUUACAGUUGAAAAUUGGCCUUAGAUACCAGUAAUCCAUGCAAAUUACUUUUCAGAUUAACACUUCCUCUCCUGUUAAAGUUGUUCAAACUAGCUCCACCUCCA